AUGGCGGUUCGUCAAGAGAGGAAGGUCGAUUUACCAAGGAUGCUCGCCUCCGAACAAGCACUCAAUUCAAUAGAAAGGCUAGGAUUACCCCUACUACCUGCACGUCCUCGUGGUCCUCGUCAUGUUCUUGGUUUACUACUUGGCCCUUGGCUGGUGGAUUCUAGGCGCUUCGGUGUGGAUGGAAGGGAUCCUGUUCUUGAGACGGGUCGGCGUUGGAGUAUUGGUGAGCAUUGGUCAAGAGAGCUGGAUGAGAGGGUCAUCUGUCAGCUGGAUGAAAGUAGGGAUACUGGUCCUGUCUGUGGCUUGAUUGUGGCGAGUGUCAUCUUGAAUGGUGGCGAGGAACGUGCGGCAAGAAGGAUUGAUUCCCUGCAGGGCACUGACCUCGGGAGUAAACCGCGCUGUCGAUCCCUCAAGCGACAAAGGCACAAGGGGAACACUAUCGUCCUAGAGACAUGCAAACUCGGAAGUUUGGAAACCUCCCGCAUCGAACAACCAAGUCUCGAAUAUCAGGAGGAACGGGAGGAACGAAGAGGAACCAAAUGGAAACUGGACAAUAUGAUGCAAGUUCGCGGCCCGCAGCGUGGUGUUAGCCUCGAUCCCACUAGUCCGAUGAAGUCGCCGUUUCGGCCCAGAACACGUCCUGCCCGUUUCGCAUUUCAUGAAUCGUGGUAUGUUCCUUUAAAGUCGCAAGGGUGGUACCUCGUUCCAUAUUGGGUAGCCGAGAGAAGGACAAUCAAGUCGGGUCCGGUUGGUGGAAAGAUCGUUGCUCUACGAUGUCUAACGCAUCAGCAAAAAUGGAGUCGUGAAACGGUGUAG